UUUUUUUUAUUUGCUUGGUGCCUUUUACUGUCAGCCAGUCUCUUCCACCUGUUACGCGAGUAUCUUUGUAUCAUUCGCCUUCGUUACCGUGUCUGUACCUGGUUUGAGACUGGCUUGUGCUUCAGUCCAGGUUUGUUCAUUAUCAGCUCCAGCUGUCGCUUGUUAUAGUUGGAUACUCCAAGAGAUUUCACAAGCCCGGCGUCUUUGCAAGCCUCCAAAGCCUGACAGAGGUAAAAACAGGGCACAGCCAGAAAGCAACAAGUUCAACUUUGGACCAACUGUGUAUUUGAUAGGCACAUAACACAGGCGGCUGUCAGAGGUAUGGUUCUUGACCCGAGCCCAUGUUUAUGACAAAACGUCAAUUUUUUGCGUUUAGCAUUGUCUGUCGAAAAUCAAGUAAACUGAUUAAAGCUGAUCUUUAUAGUCAAAUAACAAAUAAUCAAUGUUUAUAUAUUAGUGGGUUGAGAGAAAGAGAACGAGUGAGUGAGAGAGAGAAUGUGACUAGAAAGACCUCAUGAAUAUGCAAAUUUCUGAAUUGUGGGUUUGACAGUAACAGUUUGACAGUAACAGUUUUCAAACUCAGUUUUGCACAUUGAUCACACACGGUUCAGCAAUAUGUGAAGGUCAGGGGCUCGUUUUAUUCUUGAAUAGCAAGUAGAGGGUAAGUCUCACCUCCCAUGUUGCACAGAGGUCAGUCUCGUGAUAGAUAUAUUUCCCACUGUCAUCUUUGGGGUAGAAUGUUUCCCCUGGCUUCAGAAAAUAAAAGUAAUUUUGUAAAAAUGACUGAGGAGAAAUAUCUUUGGCAGUAAUGCAAUGUUUACAAAAGACAAGCCAUGUUUUUCGUCAACAGGUACAGAGGAACUUGUUUUUACCUUGAAGGCAGUCGGCAUUUCCACUAUAUAGAGGUCAACAUAGUCCAGCUGUAACGUCUUCAACGUUUGCUCAAGUGCAGGUCGCACUAAUUCAGGAGGAUGGAAUGUGUUCCACAACUGCAUGAGACAAAACAAAAGCUCUAACAUGUUACAGUAAGUUUAGCGUUCGCCGCCGUGUAGCCAGUAAGCUGUAACUUCAAAGACAAACAAACCUUCCCACAGUAGAAGAUGUCUUCUCUCUUCACGGUUCCAUCUGCAAUUUUGUCCCUUAUCGCUUGUCCCACCUCAUGCUCGUUGAAAUAGACCAAAGCCCCAUCGAUGUGCCGGUACCCGGUGUCAAUGGCCACUUUAACGGAUUCACAUGCAGUUCCUUUAGGUGUCUGUCAGGAAAUUGUAAAACUCAGUGAAAUAUAGUCUGCAUGUCCCAUUGGUAAUCUGGGUAAAUGUACAUGGUGUCUUACCGUGCGAGGGUCUCCAUAUGUCCCCAGUCCCAUCAAGGGUAUGCUGUUCCCAUCACUUAGAGGAACGGAGUGGCUCUCAGCUGUGAGGUUCAUUCUCAUCAAAGUGUGACUCUUGGAGCUGUCACAGCCGCACGCGUCCUGGUCUAGAGCUCAGGGUUGAGUACGUCAGUCACAGAGAUAAGAUUAUCCCUGUUCUGCUGCACUUUGACACUGUUGUGGCUCCUGAGAUAACAUUAGAAAGACUCCUCCCAGGGCGGCAGUGCUGGACUGUGACAGCCCCUCGACUAAAUGUCGAUUGAGGCUACAAUUUAGGUAAUGGUUACAAAUGAUUUGAGUUGAGUUAAUAUUGAUAGAUGAUGCUCAGGGCAAGUCAAUAUAAGGUUGUGAUUUUAUUAAACCUAAGGGUUCGCCCACUCCAGGACAGUGUCCCCUAUAGCCCAAUAUUUAGGGUCAUUAUUCAUGGUCAAGAGGCUCAUAGUAACCAGGUGUGUGAAAUAAACAACUGCACAGCUGUGGUAUUUAAAGGUCCCGUGUGUGAGAUUUAGGUGAAAGGGAUCUAUUGGCAGAAAUAAUCCUAGUGAAGUUUUCACUCGUGUAUUUCAUUUGAAUUGUACAAUUGUUUUGUUUUUUACCCUAGAAUGAGCCUUUUAUAUUGAAAUACUUUAUAUUUACAUCAGGAGCAGGUCACCUCUAUGGUAGCCGCCAUGUGGUUUACAGUAGCCCAGACUGGACAAACAAACACCUUUUGAUUUUUUUAUGACAACUGAAGGCUACCACAGGUUCUCCUUCAUGUUUGGAAGGCGAUGGAGAGGUGAAAAACGCAGCCUCACCACUAUCACAAAAUUUUGCACACUUAACCUUUAUUUGUGUAAAAUACCCAGGGGCCACACACGGUAAGCAGGUGACACUGUCAAGGAGUGGAGAAAAUAAAUAUUUUUAAACUUACAUAAAACCUUUAGGGUGUAGCUUCAAACAGGUUAGACCUUUUUUUGGGGAGUGAUUGGUAAAUUGUACUUUCAGAGUAUUUUCAUGGAAGACCUUCGUUAUUUAACAGCUGACUCACAUCUAUAAUACCAUUAUUAAACAAUUGAUCAUAAGGUAAUGACUGGUUCUUGUGUGUGCUAUAGGCUCUGUUCCAGAUAUAACAUUAUUUUAAAUACUAUAGUUUCUUAGCAGAAUUACUUUAAGAAGCAGGUUUUUUUUAUAUAUCGCUUGAUCCAGUUUAUUGUGAAAGUGUUGUUGAGGGAGCCACAGUCAGCGGUGGGUUCACAAAUUGAACCCACCGCUGGUGUUUGUAUUCAGAACGACAUUUACGACCAAGGUUUAUUUUUAUUUGUUUUAAAGGUUUACACAUGCUUUGGGACACAUGGCAACGGGGCAACAGGCCGCGACGCGACACCAGCACAGUGUGACUGUCCCUUUAAGACACCGCAGGGGCUUGUGGGUAAUGUACAUCGUUUGUGUUUUGAGACGCCAGCGCACAGAUGGUCGCUUUCCCCCUGGACCCAUGAGGCUUUAAACACUUUGUAUGUAGCCUCAUUUUAAUUCACAAGUGACCGUGCGAUAUUAAUUGUUGCCCGUUUCUAAUGGGAAGCGCAACAAACGCGGGGAAACCACUAUUUAUUGACCCUUAGCAUAUGUGCACUCAAAUCAAGCUAGCUCGCUAGUUUAGCUUCCAGAACGGAAGUCACUCUCAAACCCAAGCGGUGAACGUACCGUCCAGUAAACCACAGUUUGCGGUGUUAAAAUGGCUGCGUAUCUAAGGUUGUAAUGCGCCGGGUCGGUGUUGGUAUCCCCUGUCGGGCUGGCUUCAGUAAAAAUCUGAGGCUCUGCUUUUGUUUUUAAUCGCACCGCUGUAUCGAUCGGUUGCCUGUGAAGAUCGCUGAUCGGGAGAAGCGAUGGACGAAAGGGUCGACAACGACGACAUUGUCAUCAUCGUGGAGAACGAGGCGGAGAGUCUGCCAGCCCAGGAGGAGAGGCUCAAGCAGCCGGGCACCAUCGGGCUCAUGGACACUUGUCCCAGCUGCAAGUUGAGCUUCCACAACAGGGAGCCCAAGCUGCUGCCGUGCCUCCACUCCUUCUGCAAGAGGUGUCUGCCGCCCCCCUUCAGGAGCGCCGAUCCCAGGCGGGACUCUCAGGGUCAGGUCGACAACAACAAACCACUGGGGGCCCUCCGCUGUCCGGUAUGCAGACAGGAAUGCUGGGAGAUGGACGUGCUGGAUAAUUUCUUUGUCAAGGACUCUGCUGAGAUGCCGAGCAGCACCAUGGAGAAAAGCAGCCAGGUGUGUAUGAGCUGCGAUGACAACACAGAAGCAACAGGUUACUGUGUGGAGUGUGUGGAGUUUCUGUGCCUGACGUGCAUUGAGGCGCACCAGCGGGUCAAGUUCACCAGGGAUCACACCAUACGACAGAAGGAGGAGAUGUCUCCAGCAGUUGGCCUUUCCACACAGAAACCCGUGUUUUGUGACGUCCACAAGCAGGAGCCCCUGAAGCUGUUCUGUGAGACGUGUGACCGACUCACCUGUCGAGACUGUCAGCUGCUUAAGCACAAGGAUCACAACUACCAGUUUUUGGAGGAUGCUUACAGAAACCACAAGCAGUACCUGGAGAACAUGACGCAGCAGUUACAAGAGAAACGAAGAGCCAUUGAAGAAGUGUCCAGCUGUAUCAGCAACGGACUUCAACAAGUUGAAGAAAACCGUAAGUCUGUAACAAAUGAAAUAAAGAAGUCCAUCUGUAACCUGAUCAUGGAGAUCAACAGGAAGGGGAAGAUUCUGGUUAACCAGCUUGAGGGUCUGACUAAAGAACACGAGCUGGGUUUGAAAAAGCAACAAGACGACGUCAACUCGCUGAGUCGGCACCUCGAUCAUGUAAUAAGCUUUACACAAUGGGCCACAGCCAGCCACAGUGGAACAGCUCUGCUGUACUGCAAGAGACUGAUCCUUUACCAGAUCCAUUACCUGAUGAGAGCAAGCUGUAAUCCCUCCAUCGUCCCUCAGAGUUCAGUUCGCUUCCAGUGUCGCUCUGGUUUCUGGGCCACUAACGUGGACCUUGGUGCUCUGACGGUAGAAAGGGGCCCGGGACGACCGCCCAUCCCCAACCACCAAGCACCUCCCAGAGCAGAGGCGGCCGCGGCUGCUGGAGCUCUGUCGCUCUCUGCUCAGCAGCGUCAGAGCACGCUGGCCCAGCUCCAGAUGCAGGUUGACAAGCUUUCCCAACAGUCCCACAGACAGCCCCCUCCCAACCACUGGUCCUGGUACCAGAACGUCCGGCUCCCGGGACCCCCUGGCCCUCCGCCGCCGACCAGGCCCGUCCACGGAGGAUCCUCCCCCUCCCAGGGACCCCUAGGUUUGGCACAACCGGGACGCAGGUAUGGGAGUUCCCAGCCAAACACGAGAAGUCCCACCUCCUCCAUGCUUCACAACUCGGGAUUCACACCUGCUCAGUCUCUGAGAGAUCUGAUCAAUAGCUCCAGCUUCCCUCCUAAACCCGGGGAUGUGUUGCAGGGUACUUCUCGCUACCAACAGCCUCUGUCUGCCGGAGCAGCGACACAGAUGUCCCUACAUCAGAGGGGCAUGCCUGAGCCCUCCUUCCUGAAGAGGAGUGAAGCCAGCGCAACGGUCCCCUCCAUCUCCAUCUCCAUCCCCAAACACAGCUACGUUCCAAGUCUCGCCUCAGCAUCAACAGAUAAAACAAGCACACUUAACCACAUGGCAGUUCAAGCAAGGCAGAACUCCCCGAUGGCCAAACCUUCGUCUUCAGACCGAGGCACAGGGACGUCUUCCUGGAAGCAGAGUUCUGAGCCGACGUCUGCCCCCUCAGCCAAGCGACGAAGAAGGACGUCCCCAGGGCCCAUUAUCAUCAUCAAAGAUGAACCAGAGGACGAGGAUGAAGUUCAUUUUGUGCAGUCCAGCGUUGGGUCCAGCCUGCCCGACAGCAGCACCGGGGCUCAGUCAAUGCCCCGGCUGCAGCAGAAGGUGUCUGUCCCAAACCUGGUCCCCGGAUCAGAGUCCAACACUGGGAAAGAGCAGUGUCCUCAGCCCGUUGCUCAGCCAGAGUCUGUGAAGAGAGCGGAGCCGGAGGAAGAUCCCAACGAGGACUGGUGUGCCGUGUGUCAGAACGGAGGAGAGCUGCUGUGUUGCGACAAGUGUCCCAAAGUUUUCCACCUGACCUGCCACAUCCCUUCGCUGAACGAGUCCCCCAGUGGCGAGUGGUUCUGUUCAUUCUGCCGAGACCUGGUCUCACCUGAGAUGGUGUACGACUCCGACAGAAAGGACGAGGUCGUCUCUGAGGAAUUCUCACCGGUCAAUAGAAGGAGCUGUGAGAGGUUGCUCCUGCGUCUGUUCUGCAACGACUUCAGCACUGACUUCCAGCAGCCUGCUUCUCCAUCGGAGACCAAGCGGUACAAAGAGCUGAUCAAGACGCCGAUGGAUUUGUCGAUAGUGAAGAGGAGACUUGAGUCUAAGUCGCAGGACGGUGAAUAUUACAUGUGUCUUGAGGGAUUUGUCGCCGAUGUCAGGCUCAUAUUUUUCAACUGUGCCAAAUAUUACAAGGUGACCUCAGAAGUGGGCAGCGCAGGCGUGUACUUGGAGGACUACUUUGAGGAGCAGCUGAAGCUCGCCUACCCAGAUAAGAUCUUUCCUGGUGGCAGGGAAGAUCAGAUGAUCCCUCCUUUAGAGGACGAGAUCGACGAAGAUGAAGAAAUGAUGGCAGACAAUGUGGCGCCAAUGGAAGAUGACAAACCACAGAGUCCUGCAGGACCAGGAAUCCCCCCUGUGGAAGAGGAUUUCGCUCCUCUGGAAGAGGCGCCGGCCGCGGAAGAGGAGGAAAAGUUGGAAACUGGGGAGAAGGCAACCAACACGAGCAAGAAGGAGACGGAGGAGACAGAGACAAAGGAGAAGGAAACGGAGGAGAAGGAGACUGAGGACAAGGAGACUGAGGACAAGGAGACUGAGGACAAGGAGACUGAGGACAAGGAGACUGAGGACAAGGAGACUGAGGACAAGGAGACUGAGGAGAAGGCGACAGAGGAGAAGGUUGCCACCGCUGAGGACACCACUUCUCCUACAGAUCCAGAGAAGGAUGAGAAGUCUCCCGUGAAGGAGGUGAAAAGCCCUCUCGCCGCUGAUAGUGACUCAAAAGAAGGGGUCGCCCCCUGCUCCCCAGAUGAAGAGAACCCUGACCCCCCUGCAGAGGAGACUGUAGAUGCGGCCGAAACCCAGGAGGAGGAGGCGGCAGACACAGCCAAAGAGGAGUCAGCGUAGAUGGCGGAGAGAAAGUGGAAAAAAUAGGAUUUAGUCUUCCGCAGAAUCGGCCCCAGUGGGGACCUUCAUGUGCUGCAAUCAGAUUUUGUACCAUGUUAUAUUUGCAAUAGGGGGGAAAGCGUCCGGCUCCACUGAGGAGACGUAUUUAGUGAGAGUGAUGCACAUUUAAGGGACUGAAUAAGUUCUUUGUGUUAUCGCCAUACAAAGGUUACAGUUCUGUGAUGAUGACGACACUAAGAAGCACACAACUGUUUGUUGAUAGGAUCAUGUGUAAGUUAUCACCCGUUACCUAAUCACUGUAUAUAAUGACGCCAUGAACUCGAGGCACAAACGCUGCAGUUGGAAUAAGGAAGCAAGACUUUGGAUCAGAAAUGCAUGUGCGAUGUCUUAAUAUAAAUAUGAAUGCCUCUGUUUUUUGUGUGUUUAUAGACUUGUACCAGCCACCUGGUUCAUACGCAAUUGGUGUUUUAUUGCAAUAGUAUUAUUUUCUAUUUUAUUAUUUUGAUAAGCUUCGUAUCCAACAAAUAGGGCUGCUGUAUAUACUGUACAAAGAAGUGACCCUCAUAUCAGUGUGACGGUGAGAUUGAUAACUUUGCGGGAACAAAACAGAAAUUGUUAUCACGGCUAGUUUUAAAAAGAAAUGUGGCCACUUCAAGGUCUCUUACUCCCCUGAAUCCCAAAGAUGAUUCAUCACGCAGCCGCCUUGUUGUGUUUCCUCGCAGACUUUUAUUUAUUGAAAUAUUAUCGCUCCGAGAUUGUUCAGAGACACAAUUAUCAUUUUGUCCUUGUCGGCCUCUGACAGCCGUGUGUUUUCAAGAUUGUGACCUUGUCCGUCUGCAUCAUUAAAAACAUGCUUUUAUGUCACCUCUUUGUUUUGUUGUUUUCCUCGCUUGAAUCUUAUUAAAUCGCACACGUUUAGUCAAAAACCUUUUUGACUUUUAACUUAACCCUCCCGUAACAUCAUGAACUCACCUGAGAUAAAAAUAAUUAUUUUAAGUCCUGUAAAACUUAAUCACAAACCGACUGCGCUUGAUCUGUAAAUUAAAUCUACACAAUGUUGAGCAUUAAAAAUACCUGCAUUUACAAUAUUUGUAAUAAACAGUGUUGCUUUCA